GGUACAUCACGUCCCACCACUGUACGAAACAUCUGCUGUCUGAUUUCCAGCCACAGUUCCUAUAUACUCUGUACAGCACAAUCGAGACAAUCAUCAUCAUGGCCUCCGAAACACCAGCGUACAUCAUCUCCGCACUCACCUCGAUCGGUGGAGUGACGGGUUACGUCCGGACAGGAUCAGUACCUAGCAUCGCAGCUGGACUUACUGUAGGAGCGUUGUACGGCCUGGGAGGUUACCGCAUCUCGAAACGCCAACCAUACGGUGUCGAACUCGCCUUGCUCGCAUCCGUCAUCCUAGCCGGCAGCAGUAUCCCUCGCGCCAUCAAGACUGGAAAACCUCUCCCGGCAGGUCUGAGCGUUCUCGCCGCCACCGGCCUGUUCAUAUACGGGAAGGCGUUCCUGGGAAAAUAGAAAGAGGACGGUUUGUGGUCGAAAAUAAAAAAAUUAACAAAACAAACAAUGUACGAGGACGGUAUGACUUGAAGAGAGGGCAGUGUAGUAGGGAAAGGAACAUUAAUUGAAAUCUCAAUUCAUUUCGCACAAGGGUA